AUGGGAAGAAAGAGGAAGAUGGCUGGCCCAACAUCGCCCACGCCGGUGGCGAGAAACCUUCGGAGUAACACACGGAUCGAGGAAUCAGGCGCAGUCACAGCCGUCUCGCAAGUGGAAAACCAAGGAGGACCUCAGAGACUAAACAUCUAUGCGAAAGCAAAUGUCAUCGGCCAAGUGGUUGCGGCGUUGCAAGGGCAUGAGGAGUUGGAACAUCUCCGGCAAACGCAGUUCGCCGGAUUGCUGGAUCUUCCGGUAGCACGAUCCUCCAAUUCCGCUAAACUUAUUCACGCUCUGCUUGCCUGGCAACUGGUGACUAGGAGAAGAUAUGAACUGUGGACAGUCUUCGGUCCGAACCCAAUUCGUUUCUCGCUCAGGGAAUUUAAACGAAUUACUGGGCUCUACUGCGGGAAAAUUCCGGAGGACCAUUUGGCGGAGAGGGAGACAAGUCCAGAAACAAGUUCAUCAAGUCAGUCUACUGAAGACGAUGAUGGGAAAAAGAAAAUAAUGUCAACUAUGUGGAGAGACUUGUUUGGGAGGAAGGAUGCGCAAGUAACUGUUGAUGAUGCCAUUGCCAUGCUAGAGGAUCCGAAUUUGGCUCAGUGGAAAAGGAUGCCCCUGGCUCUUAUAAUCCUGGUGGAAGGUGUUCUUAUAUGCCGUGACAAGCAUCUCGUAUUCACACCCUCAUACGUGGAUAUGCUAUGCGAUAUGGAGUACUUCCUCGAGUUUCCUUGGGGCAGAGAAUCUUUCUUGAAAAUGAUAGUUAGGUUUAUCGCCAGCGAAAAUGUUGAAAGAGUCGGCGAUGACUCGGCGGAGGGAGAUGUACUCGAAUUACGUCCUGCGGAUCCCCUAGGAGCGAUGAGACACCAGCUGAACCAGAAAACCAGCGUUUGUAAUGGUUUCCCAUUGGCUCUGCUGCUGCUGGCGUUGGAAGCCAUUCCGCUUCUUGCCCAAAAAAUGCCCGACCCAGGAAACCUGAAUACCUUUCUGACUGAUCCCAAACCCAAAAAGAAUACUAUUACAAUUCUUCAUCUGAAUACGAUUGUGGACAUGGAACGCGAUCCUAACAGGGACGGUUACAAGUUUAAGAAGUCUGAUUUCAAAGGCGGAGAUACAACCUUUGUUCCCAUCGUAAACACGAAGAAUAGAGAAGGAAAAAACGGACGGAAAAAGGCCGUAGCAAAGAAGGAGAAAGAAGGAGUGAAACCUUUGCGCAGAGGAGUGCCAAAGAGAAAGAGGGGCCGUGAUGGUAGGGAUAGAUCGAAGAGUGGUGAGGAAGCUAGGGAGGAAGUUCUUCCUCAGCAGGUGGUGUUGGAAAUUGUCGACGAGAUGAAGAGGUGGAUGUUAGGCCAUCUGAACCAAAUGAAGGAAAAUCUUUUGGUAGCUGUGGCUGAAGAGAGAGAGAAGGGGAAGGAGAAAGUUGAAGGCGGAAGCUCAACAGACGGGAAAGAAAAUGCAAGGGCCGGUGCGAAAGGAAAUAUUGGAAGACCUAGGGAACCUACUCCGGGUCAGGGUGAAAAAGCUGAAAACGAGGAAGCGUUGGGAGGACGCGGAAGCGGACCGUUGUACAAGAAACCUAGGGUGGUGGGAUGGGAAGGGGAUGAUUAUUUGAAUACAAGAUCAGAUGAGGCGGGAAAAGAGCAAACUGGAGUAGAUGAGGAGACGAGUACGUGGAAGUAUUACGGUGGAACUCUGGAUGUGUUGGCUGAGUUAGGCGUUGAUAAAGUAGACAAAUCUACGAAUGUAGGAGAAGAAUUGGGUGGUCGUGGGGAAGGAGGAACCGUUGUAGCUGACGGAGGAAAGACGAACCGUAAGGAGGACAAGCUGGUGGAUGUUGCGGACGAAGGAAAUGAAGACCUGUUGGUUGAACAGAAAGAAGACGAAGAAGUUACGGCGGGGGAGGAGAUGAUUGAAAAAGAGGAUGAUGAUUGCGAGGAAGGUGAUAAAGGCGGAAUUUCAGAGAGCGAAUGA